AUGGACGAGUCGACACCCCCACCGCCAGAUAUCGACGCGUACCCACACCCACCCCCACCCCCACCAUCAGCACCAUUAGGAACACCAACUGAUUUCUUGAAAGGCGUGGUUGGGAAAAAGGUCAUCGUGCGUCUUACAUCAGGCGUAGAUUAUCGAGGCGUCCUUUCGUGUCUAGAUGGAUACAUGAACAUCGCGCUCGAGCAGACGGAGGAGCAUGUCAAUGGAGUAGUUACGAAUCGAUAUGGGGACGCAUUUAUUCGCGGGAACAAUGGUAAGAUAUUCCAAAAUGCAUGA